AUGCGAGACACACUUGAUACCUUUCGACUAGAUAGUACUAGAGAGGAUAUCUUGCAAUGGAUGAAUGAUGUGCAUGGAGUCUUCUCCGUUUGGAGUGCUUGGGACUCUCUUCGAGUUCACUGCCCUAGGGUGACCUGGUAUCACAUUGUCUGGUUCUGUAAAUGUAUUCCUUGUCAUGCAUUUAUCCUUUGGCUAGCAAUUCAAGGUGGCCUCUAUACACAGACCAAGCUUAUUUGCUUUGGUUUGGUACAGUCUAUGUGUUGUGUGCUGUGUGGUUGUUCUGAGCGUGUUUGGCAUUCUUUGCAUGCAAAAUGUAACCUGCCUUGGGUUCAGCAGAGUUGGCCAAAUACUCUUUCUUGGAUGGAGCAGUUUCUUGAGAGGUCUAUGCACUCUAUUGUUAUCCGUUUGAUGUUUGUAGCUUCGAUUUAUGCUAUUUGGCAUGAGCGUAAUGCUAGGACCCAUGGCGAAGCUCCUAAACACGAGUCUGUUGUUAUUUGA